CAUUAAGUCUGGAUAUGAAGUAUUGACAUCUGUCAGGAACAUAUUGCUUCCUCCGAUCAUUGAUUGAACUCCUGGACUUCUCUGCGGUUGCAUCGGUCAGAGGCAAGUGAAGGAUAUUUGUCAACGACAGCAUUCAAGCAUGGCGAGGAAUUCAACUGGACAGUUACAGUAAAUAUUUUGCAAUAUCUAACAGUGUAUCCGGAUUCCUAUUCCUGGAAGGACGAAUUAACGAGUGAUCGCCUUCACUAAUUGGACGAUAUAAUUCUAUAUAUCAUGGACACAAAUCAUUUUGUAUUUGAGAUUCAUCGAUGACAAGAGGAUUGGCUGGUGUAUCUUGAAAACUGCAGAUUCGGUGUACAAGCAUUCAGGAAUGUGAGGGCAGAAGUAUACGUCGAGAAAGCAGGGGGCAGGCGAAAUUAUUCCAUCGAGUGACAUUUGUUUACGUUAAAUGACAAAUCGGGGGGUUGAAAAAGCCCAGAAAAUGCGAUCGAGGCGUGAUCAUGAACCUAAGAUAUCGUAAUCGUCUGAGUAUUCUCUUUCCAAAAGUAGCCGCGCCGGAAGACUAUACGCGACUGCGUAUCAUCGCAGAGAUCUUUCGCCUCUCACAAUUCAUUCUGAUGCCUGCAGGCUCCACAUUGGCAGAGCUCUUUCGCGCGAUUUUUUAAUGAGAGAAGUACCGUCUGUCUUCAAAUAUCGGCUGCGAUGACAACAGCGAAGGCUGAUCUCAUUCUCCGUCUCCUCUAAUUGAAUGAUUCUCUCCGCUUUGAUCACAAUUAAAUGUGGAGUUAAUUCGAUUCGCUACGACGCGGUAUUUAUUUUGCAGAAGGGCGAAAUGUGACUUAGCGAAAUCUUAACAACUAAUAAAUGACUGCAAAAGCAAGAUAGCGAACAAGCGGCGGCAACGCCUAAGACGCAUUUUGGAGGCUGUGAUAACUUUGUGGAUUUACCAAAAGACUUUCAGACGGACUUGUAUUUGUAUAUGGAAAGCUAUUGACUGAUGUUCAGCAUGUCUUGCCGUUUAUUCCCAGUAAAAAGAAAACCAAAGCUUACGAUAGCGCUUCAAAUUACUUUCUUCGACUUAGCGUUGGUGUGUUACAUUUGUUUCUAUUGAGUUGAUCGCCGCAGUUUUCUUCAUCGAGACAAAUUAAGCUUAAAAUCGGAAUACGCAUCAGUUUAUCAUUUUGUAUUCAUGAUAAAGGGCAAAAUAUAGCUGCUAUAAUCACUCCGGAGUUUCGAAGAUUUGUAAAAGAUUACUUUUGAAAUAUGUCUUUUGACAAAUUUGCAAUGAAAACUCAAUGAAUGUCAAUGAGCUAUCUUCGCGUUUUGGAAGCAUGUGGCGAUGCUUUUGAUAAUUACAUCUUAGAUCGUCUUGUCAGACACAAGUGCAAUUUUGAUGCUUAACGUUCAGUGACAAGGAUUACGAAUGCUUAUUACCAGCUAAGAUAUAACUUUUGUUGAGAAGUGCUUUCGAAGUCGUUUAUUUAACAAAACGGAUCAAUUGGAAAUAUAUUUUAAAAGAGGAGGUGCACGACAACAUCCAACGUUCGCAGGAAAUCUGCUCCAAUCGUCAGCUCAGUGCUUUGUAAGACGGGAAGUGUUAUCUGGAUUGAAGGUAAACACAUCCCAUAUCAGCACAAUGCCGCUCAAUCAAUACGAGCCAGGUGUCCACUCGUUCGACAUGAAUGCAACGUAUAGACUAAUGGGUGGAAGCACUUCUACCCAAGACAAUCAAGGUUUAGGAGUGUUGGUGUAUGAUGUAGGUGGGACAAGUCCGUCCGUUGUGAUCAACCGAGGGGUUAAUGCUUCCUGUCCAGAGUUUGGUGAAGCUUGGAAGUGGGCGCCGGUUGUUUGGAAUUGGUUCAACAUUCUGCGAUUGAGUCUGACCCUUGCUGGAAUCCUGGGAAACUCUUUGGUGAUUAUAAUACACAGUAAGUCGCAGAGUGUGCGCGGGACAGACCGAUUGAUAGCAGGACUGGCAGUGGCUGAUCUUCUAUGUUCCGUCUUCUUCACGCCAAUCCCCAGUGCAUCCAGGUUGUCGAACAAUUGGUUGGGUAACAUCUAUUGUAAGUUUGUCUUCUCCAAUGUUCUCGUUUGGAUUCCAUUCAUAGCGUCCAUGUACACUCUAUGCAUGAUAUCGCUCGAACGAUUUUUCGCCAUCGUCUACCCGUUCAUAUAUCGUGCAAAGAUAACCCCUUCCCGGAUCAAGUAUGUCUUCAUUCCUAUAUGGGUGCUAGCAUUUAUCGUGAACAUAGGUAGCUUCGUUGUCAACAUGGUGCAUCCAGAAUCUUGCGUGUGUGUCGUCCAUUUUCCAACCCAUAUUGGUAAGAUGAUGCAAGGUGUUCUCCUGUUCAUCACCGAAUACGUCAUACCUAUUGGCAUCAUGCUCUUCGCGCACGUCAGGACAAUACGGGAGUUACACACCGAGGCACGUGCCCUAAAAGACAAUCGCAUGGAUUCCUCCAGGAUAACCCUCAAUCUGCUUCAAGCGCGGGAAAGGGUCCUUCAAAUGCUCUUUGUCGUGGUAAUGACGUUCAUAAUCUGCUGGACUCCGGACCAGCUGUGCUAUCUAUUUUACAGUAUCGGUAUACUUGACGAGGACUUCCUCCACAGUCGUCUCUACAUGGCGUUUAUCCUCCUGGCCUAUGUUAAUUCUUGUGCCAAUCCCUUCAUAUAUACAGCCAGGAACCCAGAGUUUCGGCACGCCCUCAAGGUGUUGUUCAAGAAGGCUGCCAGGGUGCAGCAGGUCUUCAACACCUCAGAGUGGGUGCAUGAUAGAACUGAUGAUAUCCUGAACGAUGUUGGGAAUGGGACUGUAGUCGAAAGUAGGGUAUGAUGUUAAACUUAAAGACAAAAAAAGAUUAGUCUAUCAUCCAGGCCUGAAAUAAUUUAUCAUAAUUUCAAUAUGAAUUAUUCCUAUUUUUGUAACAAAAUUAUAUUGGAUUCAUUUUCAUAUGCUGCAAUGUUAGGUGAUAUUUCUAUGUUCUUUUGUACGUUUUAAUUUGCCGGUAAGACAAAUCGCCAGGAGGUUAUGUCGAGAUUUUUUUUUUCCUGCGUGGUAACUUUGGUUGAAUAGUAUUGCUCGGAUCCAACUCAACCGUUUUGUGAGAAAUAACAAAAUGUAGGCAAGUAAGGUUUAUUAAAGGGGAAUGAAACCUUUGGAAUGGGUGAUAUUGUGU